AUGAGCGGAGACGAAGUUAAACCAAGCAACGAUUUCUAUGUCAGAUAUUAUGUGGGACACAAAGUGAGUUGUUUUUUGAGGAAAAUUUUGAUUUAGGAAACACUUGAAAAAUAGGGUGAGUUCAGUUGAAAAACUGAACCUGGGACUACAUUUUGACAAAAAAAAAAUGAAAUUUGAAUUUUCGGUGUAGAAAUUGAGAAGUAACCCAACUCAUGAUACGUAAUUGAAGUUUUCAAACAUCCCCAAUUUUCAGGGAAAAUUCGGUCACGAGUUCUUGGAAUUCGAAUUCCGUCCAAAUGGAGCAUUGAGAUAUGCAAACAACUCAAACUACAAAAAUGACACAAUGAUCAGAAAAGAAGCGACAGUUUCCGAAUCGGUUUUAACCGAACUCAAAAGAAUCAUCGAAGAUUCGGAAAUCAUGCAAGAAGACGAUUCGAGUUGGCCAGAACCAGAUAAAGUUGGAAGACAAGAACUCGAGAUUCUUUAUAAUAAUGAGCACAUCUCAUUCACAACUGGAAAAAUUGGAGCAUUGGCUGAUGUGAACAACAGCAAAGAUCCAAAUGGACUUCGUUCAUUCUAUUAUCUUGUUCAAGAUUUGAAAUGUCUUGUUUUCUCGUUGAUCGGACUUCACUUCAAAAUCAAGCCAAUCUAA